AUGUCACAAGAUCCAAUGAGAUAUACUAAUACCAACGGUAAUAAUAAUAAUAGAGGUGGAGCUGUUAGGAGUAGUCAAUAUGGACAAUCAAUAGAAGACAUUGAUAUUGAAAGAACUCCUCAAAUACAUCCAUCGACAACACCAAUGAACGAUUUGCAAGCAUUGGCAAAAAACUAUCAAGUUAUAGUGACGACAUAUAAAAAAAAAAAUGCGACAUUAGAACAUGAUAAAAGUGAAUUGAUUAAAAAAAAAAAAGUUGCAUCCGGACUAAAAGCCAAACUGGAAAAGAAAGCCGAAGAUUUGGGACAACGACUUGAACAAGAGAAACGACAAUUUAUUAAAAAAAGAAAUGAUACAGAUCUUGAGAUUCAAGAAUUAAAAAAAAAUCUAAGAAUUAUUAGCGAAGCGGCGUCAAAGUAUCAGUCGGAACUUGGUAAUGCCACAAACGUUAGAUGGGAUGACGAUGAUAUCAAUAAUUCUGUUCAGUUGGCUAAAUGGAUUACUGGGAUUCAAAAUACACUCAACGACUUUGCUAAUAUUAAAGGUAAGGAUGUGGAGAUUAACGAAGAGAUGGAGAAGAACGCGAAUUUGCUUUUGGCAGAGUAUAAAUGUAGAACUCGAUUAGGAGGAAAUGUCAAAACUGGUAAACCUGUGCUAAGUGCAGCUUUACAAAGAUUGGUUUUAGUUACGCUAUUUAAUGAAAUAGACCAAUACUUGGAUCAAUAUAAAAAUCGGACAAAAGCAGCAAGUGAUGACCAAACAACCACUGAUGACAAGGAUGUGGAAGCAGGUGUUGCAGUCACAUUAAGAAAUUUGGCGGGAUUAUUAAAUGAAUUAAUAGAAACACGUCAAGGAGCAGAUGACACGUCACGUAUCACGCCUGUUAAAAUACGUCAACAAAUUUUUGCCGUAUUGGGAACAAGAGGAUUUUGUAAACCGGACCAUCCAUUUAUAAGUCAUCUGAUCCAAGUCGUUCUGAAUUUGAUGCUAAAAUAUCGAAAAUUUAAAUCAGAAGAAAAAAUUUCAGACAGUGAGAUUAUUGCAAAAGAAUUGGUUUUGCAGAUUGUUCAUUUAUAUUUCAGAAUGAAUGCUCAGGAGCCUGUUCCCGACUUUAGACUAUUUUUCGAGAGCGGUGUUGCUAUACAAACCACGUUGAGAUUUGCUCAUUCCCAUUAA